CGCCACCGGUUUCAAGAAGUCAUUUUAUGUGGCGAUGAUGAAAUUCUUCGUUAUUUGUUGUUUAGUGUGAUCCGAAUAAGGAUCUGUGUAGUGGAGAAUAUGUGUUUGACUAGAAAAAGAAGUUUUUUUUAUUCAUUGACGUUUUUAUCGAACGGUUUAUUAGGAAUUAUCUAGAUUUUUACCAGUCCUCAGAUUGUCACGGAAGGUCAACUUGCUUUUAAUUUAACUUCACAGAUAAAAAUGGAUAAAUCAACUCCCAGUCGAGGGUUGGUCCGCAAUUUUGUCUUUCAGCACGUGAAAUGGGAGUACUUGGCCGCAGGUGUUAGUGGAGGUGUCGCCUCUACAUUGGUUCUGCAUCCACUGGAUUUGGUGAAAAUCAGAUUUCAAGUUCACGAGGGGUAUGGUGUAGCGCUGACCAAACGGCCCCAGUACCAGGGUAUGAUCCACGCCCUACGGUCCAUCUUCACAAACAGCGGGUUCACUGGCCUCUACCAGGGAGUCACGCCCAAUUUUGUGGGCGCUGGCCUUUCCUGGGGACUCUACUUCUUUUUCUACAACUCCAUCAAGACCUGGAUGCAGGAUGGUGACACAAAGAAAGCCUUGGCUGCAAGCCAACACAUGUUGAUAGCUGGAGAAGCAGGUCUUCUCACGCUAACACUCACCAACCCAAUCUGGGUCACCAAGACGCGACUGUGUCUACAGUACGAGCAGGGCGCCAAGAGCGGUAUCCAGUACAGCGGAAUGUUGGAUGCCCUCAUCAAACUCUGGAAAUACGAGGGCAUCAGAGGAUAUUAUAAGGGAUUCAUACCCGGUGUGUUGGGUAUCGCUCAUGGCGCCAUUCAGUUCACGCUGUACGAGGAGAUGAAGAACAAGUACAAUCAGAACAAGAACAGACCCAUAGACACACGACUGAACACGACAGAGUACCUUGCAAUGUCGGCCAUCUCCAAGAUCAUCGCGGCCACCUGCACGUACCCCUACCAGGUCCUGAGGUCGCGUCUACAGGAGCAGCACAGCACGUAUAGUGGAGUCAUUGACGUGGUCACGAAAAUACUCAAGUACGAGGGUAUACGUGGCCUGUACAAGGGAAUGCCCGUUUACCUCGUGCACGUGACGCCAAACAUUUGCAUCGUUUUCAUGAUCUAUGAGUACGUGAUAAACUGGAACACAUGGAAGAAGGAUGAAAAGGAGCGUUUAUUGCAGACGACAGCUGAUAUUUCAGUGGUCUUGGAUGUGGAUUCUUCUUGAGCAGAAUAUGAGACUUCAGGAGAAGACAUUGAUUUUAUUAUUGUGGACUUGGGGUUAAUAAUUUUGUUUCAUAUUUUUGCUUGUGUUUUGUUUUCUGAUAAUUUUUGUAUGUUGGUGUUUUUUCCCCAAUCAUCAUAUUAAAUUAAGUUUACGUUGAAAUUAUUGACAUUGUUAUUAACCAGGUUUUCCGAAGGAAAAAACUGGUUAUUAGAUUGGCGAAUGCGGGCGGGCUGGCUGGCUGGCGGGCUGGCUGGCGGGCUGGCGGAAUAAGCUUGUCCGGGCCAUAACUAUGUCGUUCAUUGUCAGAUUUUAAAAUCAUUUGGCACAUUUGUUCACCAUCAUUGGACGGUGUGUCGCGCGAAAUAAUUACGUCGAUAUCUCCAAGGUCAAGGUCACACUUUGAGUUCAAAGGUCAAAAAUGGCCAUAAAUGAGCUUGUCCGAGCCAUAACUAUGUCGUUCAUCGUCAGAUUUUAAAAUCAUUUGGCACAUUUGUUCACCAUCAUUGGACGGUGUGUCGCGCGAAAUAAUUACGUCGAUAUCUCCAAGGUCAAGGUCACACUUUGAGUUCAAAGGUCAAAAAUGGCCAUAAAUGAGCUUGUCCUGGCCAUAACUAUGUCAUUCAUUGUGAGAUUUUAAAAUCAUUUGGCACAUUUGUUCACCAUCAUGGGACGGUGUGUCCCACGAAAGAAUCACGUCAAUAUCUCCAAUGUCAAGGUCGCCACGACUAAAAAUAGAUUUAAAAAAAAAAAAAAACUUACAAAGGGGGUUAAUUUUUUUUGGUCAUUUCAAAAGUUCAGUUUGAGUUUUCUCCCUUUAUCAGAUUUUUUUUUCACAAUGAAAACCUGGUUUUGUGACAAUUUUGUCCCUUGUUUGUACAAUGUUUUAUUAUUUUUAUUUAUUUUAUAUUUAAUUCUAGUAUUGUCUGGAAUUAUUGAAAAUGUAUCAAUCCUCUAAGUUUAUUUUUAAAGUGUUAUAAAGAUGAUCUCAUCUAGUCUCAGCAAGUCGUGGACACUCUGUGACUUGUUGUGGAAACAUCAGAUCUGACAACAUUUUGUUUAGGAGGCUGUGCAUAUUUCCUCGAAAACAAUCCCUAUAACAGUCAGCUUAUUUGAUAAGGAUAACUUGAUGUCUCGCAUAUUUACCCUUUACCACUUAGAAACGUAUUUAACCCUUUACCACUUAGAAACGUAUUUAACCCUUUACCACUUAGAAACGUAUUUAACCCUUUACCACUUAGAAACGUAUUUAACCCUUAUUGGCUUCAUUUCCAACCCUUACAUACUGAUUAGCAGCAAAAAGCAUAAAACCGGAACAGACAAGUACUGAUUUUAUGCUGUUUGCACAUAGCCAUUUUCACUUUGCUUCUAAGUGGUAAAAGGUUAAUUAUAAAAUAUUAUUUUGAGAGUUUGUUUUUUGGUGUUAUGUUUUGCAUUAAUAUUGUAUAUGUAUUUAUGGUAAAAAGAACUUUUGUAUAUUUUGAAUGUUUGGUAUUUAAACAAGGAGUGCAUUUGAAAUCAUAUCAUACAGGGUGAGAACAUUGACCAUGUUUGGUCUAUCUCAAGGACCAUUGAAACAGAAUUGUAAAACAUUGUAUAUGUCUUUUAACGUUUUUCCGACAUUUAUUUUUGCUCAAAGUAUGAGGAUAUUUCAGUUAUUUCAUUCAUUUUGACGACGAUUUUGUAUGGAAUUUUGUGUUAAAAGAAAGUCUCUUCUCAAAGAAUACCAAGUUUUUUUGGAAAGUGUCUUUCCUGAUAAGCCUGUGUGGACUGCAGUGGCUAAUCUUGGGUGACACUCAACACACAUCUAAUCUUGGGUGACACUCAACACACAUCUAAUCUUGGGUGACACUCAACACACAUCUAAUCUUGGGUGACACUCAACACACAUCUAAUCUUGGGUGACACUCAACACACAUCUAAUCUUGGGUGACACUCAACACACAUCUAAUCUUGGGUGACACUCAACACACAUCUAAUCUUGGGUGACACUCAACACACAUCUAAUCUUGGGUGACACUCAACACACAUCUAAUCUUGGGUAACACUCAACACACAUCUAAUCUUGGGUGACACUCAACACACAUCUAAUCUUGGGUGACACUCAACACACAUCUAAUCUUGGGUGACACUCAACACACAUCUAAACUUGGGUGACACUCAACACACAUCUAAUCUUGGGUGACACUCAACACACAUCUGAUCUUGGGUGACACUCAACACACAUCUAAUCUUGGGUGACACUCAACACACAUGGAAAAGCCUUGUUUUACCAGACUGAUGCUCAGUUGUGCAUUACAUCCAUUAUGUAUCAAUACCAUAAUGUAUAAAUUACAAAAAAAACUGUGAUUCCAGAAUAAAUGAUAUCACAUAGGGGAAUCUCUGAACAUUAUUAACUGUGUAUUAUCUAUGCCCCAAGUCAUCCAUCAUACAUGUGUUCAGCAUUCUAUGUAUCAUGUUUCUAUUUAUUUUUAUUAUGUGUGACUUUUAUAUUUUAUCUCAUGCUAUGUAUAUUGCAUAACAAAUGUUUUGGUAAAGUUUUCCUAAUUAGUUUAAGGUACUUGUGAAGUUAAAGAUUUGUUAUCAAUUUUUUGGGCAGUAAGCCAGUGUAUGUUCUUGAUAUGUUUAGGUUACGUUCAUGUAGUCUCAAAAUGAUAUAUGAUGACAUGAUGAAAUAUGAUACAGUAAUGUUGUUUCGGCAUCAAAUGAGUGUAUUUAAUAUGUUGUGGUUAUCAUUUUUGCACCGAAUAAUUGUGCUGAUGAUAAUGUGUCCUUUUGUUUUUGAUUAUGAUGAUAUCAAUUUAUGUGUCGUUUUCAAACUCUUGAACAACAUUUGUAUAAUGCGUUUUGUAUGGGACUUGAAUAUUUUACUGUGAUGAAGGUUUUGGUUUCACUUGCAUACAUGGAAAUGUAUGUAAUCAAUUUGGAAUAAGGCAAUAGUAGCAAGAGAGUAAUGUCUUAAGUGCCUUAAGUCAUAAUAUAAAACUGUGAAAAUGAAAGUGUAAGAAAGGAACACGCAGGGUCUAGUUGUUUAAAAGUUACACUAAAAAUUAAUGAUCAAUACGGUUUAUUUUCAAAUGCAAAUAAAUGUGCUUAUCUUAAGUGAAUUAACCUUUUCUUGCUCUUGAGCAAAGUAGAAAAGAUGGCUAUAUGCAAUCAGCUUAAAACAUCAGAACAGCCUGCAAGUAACUCGCAGCCUGUUCAGGUUUUAUGCUUUUUGCUGCUCAUCAGUAUGCUAGGCUUGUUGGAAAUGAAGCCUGUAAAACUUGAAUCUAGUAAGAAAUGUCUUUAAUUGAAUUUGAUUUUCGAAGAGACUACAAACACGUCAAAGUGGGUAUCUGAGCGGGUAAGUGUGAAAGACUGCUCAAAUUAGCACAAGGUAUUGAGUCCUGUUCUGAGAAAACUGGGCAUAAUGCAUGCGCGUAAAGUGUCGUCCCAGAUUAGAAUGUGAAGUCCGCACAGGGUAAUCAGGGACAACACUUUCUGCCUAAAUGGAUUUUUGCUAAGAAGAGACUUCAUUUAAACGAAAAAUGUCAUAAAAGCAGAAAGUGUCGUCCCUGAUUAGCCUGUGUAAACUGCACAGGCUAAUCUGGGAUGACAUUUUACGCACAAGCAUUAUGCCCAGUUUUCUCAGAACACAACACUAUUAAUCAGUCCUCCAAUAUUUAGCCUGUAUAGCAAA